UAUGACGUCAUGUUUGCACCUCGUGACCAACGUCUUCUUCUACGGUCCACUUCCUGGUUCCUACUUCCGCCUUUGUGCUCGGCGUAAAAAGGCGCCUUUCUUGAACAAACGACAUCGACCUGCACCCGGACUCGUCGUCUAUGGUGUCGCUUUGAUUUUGUGCCAUGGCGUCUCCACUGAAGAGUCUGGUUAAUGAUGAUAGCAGAUACCAGAAGGCCUUCCAUCUUUUUCUGGAGCGCUCCUCGGAACAUCAGUGCAUGCAGGACUUCAUCCACAAAGUCCUGCCAGACAUCUUGUCCGGCAUCGGAAAUGGGAAGUCCCACCUUAACGUCAUAGGAGUUGGGAGCGGCGAUGGUCACAUUGACCUGGAGAUGUUCUCCGAGCUGCGUCUGAAACACCCAGGGGUGACGGUGGAUCACCAGGUGGUGGAACCCAGCACCCAGCAGCUUUACAGCUACAAAGUGUUGGUGGCGCAGAGGUCCGACUUAGGUUACAUCACCUUCAACUGGAACAAGAUGACCUCCUCGGAGUUUGAGGAUCAAUGGAAAUCAAAGCAGAUGACGAAGAAAGCGGACUUCAUCCACAUGGUUCAGAUGCUGUACUACGUGGCGGACAUUGAAGCCACCAUCAGAUUCUUCCGGAGUCUCCUUGACAAGAACGGGAAGCUUCUCAUUAUUCUGGUGUCUGGUGAGAGCGGCUGGGGAACUCUGUGGAGGACUUUCCGUAGUCAGUUGUGCGCCUGUGAAAUAAGUCAGUGUGUCACCACGGCGGACGUCAAAGUCUUCUUGGACUCGGUGGGAGCCAAAUACGCCAGCUACGCGCUGCCUUCUCAGAUGGACAUCACCGAGUGUUUCGCAGAGGGCGACGAGAACGGCGAGCUUCUGCUCGAUUUCCUCACAGAGGUGGAUCGCUUCGGUCACACGGCGCCGCCGCAACUCAAGGCUGACGUGUUGAAGUUGCUGCGAGACCCCGCCUGCUCCCGGGAGUCCAAUGGGAGGGUUAUCUUCAAUAACACCCUGGAGGUGGUCGUUGUGGAUCCACCCACAUAAAAGGGUAAAUGUACGGACUGUAAAACAUCAAAUACUAAUUGAAGAAAAGCCUCUUUGAUCUUUUUGUAAUUCUUCCAACUAUUUCUAUUCAUUUCUAAUAUUCAUUGUAAUAGUAGUUGUAAUAUUAAUUGUGCUGUGUGCAUACUUUUUUGGCAUGAAAUCUUUGUGUGAUGGAACUUUUAUUCAUUUUUUUUUGUUCAAUUCAGCACUUACUGUGAAACCUAUAAACAAAAUUCUUAGGGCCCAAUUUCUCCACUACAGAGAGGCCCGUUUAAAUAUUAACACUGAAUUAGUCAUCUUGAUAUUCACGGUAUUCAAUUAUUUUAUCUAACCUCCUUUCAGUCUAACGAGACAAACCUUGUUAAAUAAUAUGACAGCAUGUGUUCAUCACAAAGAUUAUUAUCAAGGCUUAGGUUAGGCUGAUUACAAAAUAAUACUGAAAAAAAAAAAAGCACUCCAAAAUCAAAUACAAUUACACACUAUAAAAAAUUAUGAAUUUUGACUAAAUUAUUAAAAAUUUAAGUUUCUUAAAUAAACUGUCAAUAAAAUUAAAGUACAAAUGAAAA